AUUACCUCUCUAUCAAGCAACACUGGUCAGCAGAGGAGCAGACGACAUUUCAGUGAAAACGCAGACGGCAUUUCAGUGAAAACGCAGACGACACCCCAUGGAUAUGUUUCCAACAAAGCAUCAUAUUUAAGGAAAAGGUGAUUUCUGAAACUGACAUAUUAACUCUAGUGAAGUAAGCCCUGCCAGACGCUUAAACCGUGGGACGAACUUUGUGCAAAGGUUAAUCCUUUGAUCGUUGAAACAACCAGAUUUGGUUUGUAUGAAAGGAAUAGCACAAAAGGUACAACGAUUAUCAGGUAAUCCAAUGUGAUAGACUGGCACUGCUGACUCGGGCAUGAGCGUCGCCUAUACCUCCAACGAAGAGUGUUUCCCGAGGCGUUAUGUGUAAGAACUAUGCUUGAUUAACCCAGACUUUGCUGUGCAUUUGCUACCACAAUGAAAUUUCGGUCCGAAGAAAGUCAGUCCCCAUUUUCAAGCAAAUCGGGGUCUGUUAUGGAUGGAAAAAGACCCAGGAUCCUUGUAAAUAACUUCAUGACAGACAAUUGUCCAGGCAGACAAAGAACAAAGUCAGUCUUGUUCAGUGCGGAUGAACAGAAUGACAACGUACAAGAAACGUCUGAGGAUAACAGAUCGGUUUCUCAAUGUCCAGUAGACAACGGCAACAGACGCCGUUCCAAAGGAACCGUUUCUAAUGGACCCCGGUCAAAUGACAGAAAAAGUUCCGAUUCGGUAUCCUUAGAGAAGAACUUCAGGUCCUCAACCCCGAAGUCCAUGUCUUCAAGUCGAAAUAGCGUGUCCUCCUUACGACGUAUUUCGGUGAAGUCAGGGAACACGAACAGGUCUUCACGUGCUUUGGGACAAAGGACAGAAAGCAUAUCGUCUGAUUCAACAGAGGAGAGCAACUCUCUCCAGUUUUCGACAAACUCUAACAGUGUUGUGUCUGCCUGGGACGCCUUCGGCGAUCACGUGAAAAACGUGCACGAACCCUCGGAGUACGUGUGCCGGAAGUCGCGAGUUUCCUUUCAAGCAAGUGACACUUUUCAAAAGACAAUGACGGACCUUUUUGGAAUGCCAGAAUACGGGAGGGAACCAGAGGUUCCUAAAUUCAAAUCAAAGGUAGGCAACUUGGGUAGUGUAGCAUCUAGGCUCAUUGCCACUACCCGGAGGAGGCGGAAGGCCACCACCGAGGAAGAGAAACGUCUCGCUUUGGAAGCUGCCAAACCAAGCAAGACUGUCGUGGAAAACGCCAGGAGGGGCUGGAGGGUUCUGAGACGACACGUCAAUGAAUCUAUUGCCGAGAAGAAGGGGAGUAGUGCUGCAUUCAAUUGGGCAAUGUUGACACAGACUGUACGAGGACUCACAGACAUGCAGCGAGCCCGCAUUGAUCUGUACAAAAGGUACGGUAUCAUCCCAACCGUGCAACCAGAUGGGACAACCGUUCAUGUAAACACAAUGCUCAGUGAAAGAGCUCGUGCCGCGUCUGCUAAUAGUGUUAUCCCCAGUACAGCUCCACCCGCCCGUCCGAAGGCCAAGUCUUUAGUUUCGAAGCAGGCGACACAUUCAAGAAGGAUUGAAAACCACUUCCAGAAGCCCAGGGUUUCUUGAGGGUAUCCUAUAGUACAUAUUUAGACUAUUGAUGUUAUUUUUGGCUUAUGGACAGAGGGUUUUAAAUGGUCGGGGAAUGAGGUCGGACUUGGGUGUAUUCAAUUCAUCACUGAUCACCUCCUCCGUUCAUCGCGUUCCAACAACGAAUAUGUCCUAUUGAACUGUGUCGGAAACCGUGCCGAAACCUUGACGGUAGGGAUGACUGGAAGAUUAUUUCUCGGUUAAUACAAUUAAUUAUGUGUGCGCAUGAACGUAACAAUGAAUUUCUUGAUUGUGCCUUAUUCAAGAGAUUAGGUAUAUGCUUCCUGGACACAGGCAUUGUGUGAAACACCUAUGUAAUACAACAGAUCUACACGAUAACCGUCCGAGAAUUAUUGUUCAGAGAAGGAUCCAAGAUUUUGAAAGAAGUAGGUUGAUUUUUCCCAAGUUUCGAAAUGAACAAAAACAUGCUAGGCUGAUACCGACUACAUUGAAUUGUCUGGUCCUACAAUAGCCCUUCCUGGAACACAUUUUCGUAUUUUAAUGGCCUGUUCCUCUUUAACAAGGAAUGCUGUGAAGGCCUAUGGAACUGGUGUGUUGUUUGAAACACACGAGUUGUUCACUGUCGGGGAUAAACUACACGUUGAGACUUCCCAAGGUCUAUUUCUCCUCCUGUACAAAGUGGAGGUCAGUGACGUGAUGGGGUCAAGGAACUUCGUCGACUCCGGUUAUAACGAGCUCGAUGGCAUCUUCACAAUCAGUUUGGUAUAUCCGAAGUUGGUUAUCGUUCAGUUAUGUAUUAAAAACCGGGAUGAUGAUUUCAUCGGUUGUCACGACGUUUCGGUAUAUCAGAUUUCGUUACAUCGGGAGUUGGUUGUGUCGAGAUUCAAGUGUUCUGAGCAUAACUGUACUUCUCCGAGACACGCGGAUUGUGUCUUUUGAACUCAAACGUGGUUUCAACCACACUCUGUAUUAAAACUGUACCUCUAACAAACAAUAUCUCAAGAACUAACACACUGGAGUAUCUGAACAAGAGAUACCCCUGUUGAUCCUCAAGUAUAAUGUGUUUUGCAACCUAAAGGACAUUACUAUGACAUGUGCUGAUAUUACGACUUCAUCCACUAAAUGCUCAACUUGUACAUAAACGUGAGUUUACAUCAUCUUUUAUAACAUUAAAUUUAAUGUCUCAAA